AUGUCGAAUCAAAUCGUCCUCUUCCUUCUCCUUGCCUCAAGCUCCUCCAAUCAAUCGGCCGCCGCGAUUGCUUGCGGAAAGGAGAAGCCAGCCAGCCAAGAGGAAGACGAUGAACGGAAAGGAAAGUGGUGGAUGGGCCUCGGCUGGUUCCUGGAAGGAGAAGCCCAGCCCAGCCCAGCCCAGCCUAAACCCAGCAGCAGCAGCAGCAAUACUACCUAUCAGCCCACUGGACUGCGUAGUUGCGCUCCGGUGGCGGUGUCUCUCUCGUCUCGUCUCCUCCCUUCUCCCUUCUGGCUCGCCGCCACCGCCGCCGCCGCGGGAGAGAAGAGAGAGAGGAUGGCCGACGCUCUCGACAUGCCCCUCGACGACCUCAUCUCCAAGAACAAGAACAAGAACAAGCAGCACAACCAACGCCCCCGCGGAGCUGGAGGCCCUGCACCCACAGCCCCCCGUCGCCGCUUCAACACCCGCGCUGCCGCUGCCCCUUACCACCACCACCGCACCACCUCCUCUUUCCAGGCACAUGCGCGGCCCAUGGCGUAUGGAUACGGGGCCCAGCCGCCGAUGUCCGCCCUCGACACGCCCACAAAGCUCUACAUCUCCAACCUCGACUACGCCGUCUCCAACGACGACAUCAAGGAACUCUUUUCUGAUGUUGGUGAUAUCAAGCGUUUCUCCAUUAACUAUGACAGGAGUGGAAGAUCAAAGGGAACUGCAGAGGUUGUGUUCUCAAGAAGAUCGGAUGCUCUAGCUGCUGUUAAGAGGUACAAUAAUGUGCAGCUUGAUGGCAAACCUAUGAAAAUUGAGAUCAUUGGAACAAAUAUUGAGGCGCCACCAGUCGCUACCUUGGCCUUCAAUCCACCAGCUGCAAACUUCAAUUUGCCGUUCAAAAGUGGACCUGGUAGGGGUGGUGCUGGAGGAUGGCCUCGGGGUAGAGGUGGAUUCGGUGGGCGUGGGCGUGGGCGUGGGCAUGGGGGCCGUGGACAAGGGAGGGGAGGGCAAGGGAGGGGAGGGCGUGGCGAUCAGCAAGUUUCUGCUAAGGAUCUGGAUGCUGACUUGGACAAGUACCACGCUGAAGCAAUGCAAAUCAGCUAAACUGUUCUGCAACUGGGUUGCUUGCAUUCAACACAGCCUGCAGGUCUUCCUUUGUCCCCUUUUGUAGGAAUAGACGCAGACACAUGUGUAAUGGUGAGCGGGUUGUAUUUUGGUUUUGAAGAAGCAGCAUUUGCAUUGAGCGUGUUGGGUGAUGAGAGGAGGGUGAGAGUCUUGUUCAUCAGCUUCUUAAGGUCGCUGCAUGCAAAGUUGAACUGCGUGAUUGUUUGUCUUCAAUUUGGAAGAGUUAUCCUCCAAAUUUAAAUUUUGUAGUAUUCCUUGAAUUUGUACAUCACUAUGCUACUGAGGUUGCAGCAGCUUCAAGUCAA